ACUUACAGAAGUGGACUAAUAUUAAAAGUAUUUAUUCUGUUUUUUUGUAGACAUUAACUUGUGCACUCAGCCUUCUGUUUUACCCAUUUGUGUAUUGUUCAAGCAGGACCAAGGAAAAAAGAGCCUCAGACCUUUUGAAUGUGGAAAAUACUUUUUUAACUUCUAAAAUACUGAUCUGGAUUCAGCUUCUUGCCACACCAUGAGAGCCAAGUCUGCCCUCCUGAUACUGGCUUUGAUCUCUACUGUAAAAUCUGAAACAGAAUGCGGUGUUGGAUUUAGUUUAUCUGAAGACGGAUGUGUUGAUGAUGAUGAAUGUGCUCAUCCCAGACCAGUUUGUGGCCCGACAGCAAAUUGUUUCAACACACAUGGCAGUUUCUACUGCCAGUGUAAAGAGGGUGUCAGGUCGCCCUAUGAAGCCGUAAAUUUAACUUUCCAACAAUCUGCAAAAUGUCAAGAUAUUAAUGAAUGUAUUGACAAAGAUCUCUGUGGACCAAAUACCGAAUGUAUCAACACAAUUCCCAACUACUAUUGUACUUGUAACCAAGGAUUUCAGUCUUCUACUGAAGCAUCAAGAAGUACCCAGGACACAGGAGAGUCUCACAUCUAA